AUGCAAUUCUACCCGGAGAUACAAACUUCUUCUAAGAAUGAGAAAGGAAAUAAGAAAGCUGAUAAAGAGAAGGCUUGCAAUAUGUGCACAAAGAAGUUUACCUCUAUUACUAAUUUGUUCAACCAUCAGAAGCAUCAUCGGGGUCAAUUUCACAUGGUGUGCAAGAAGCCUAAAUGCAAGAAGAAGUUUACUACUGAAGUGAUCAUCAAAAUCACUUGA